UUUGGGUAUAACAACACAUGCAAUACUUGUGUGCCCUUUCAGCUGUAAAAGGCCUCUUUGUGGCCAGGCCCAUUGUGAAGCUGGCCAUGUAAGCUGAUAGCAGAGUGUGUCCAGGUUCUUCCUCCCCCUUUUUGUGAUGUCAGCACCCCGAAGGACUCCUCCCCUCCACCUGAUCUGCCAUAUAAAGGAUACUGGUGAAGUUGAGGCAACAGGUCAUCACACACUCACACAUGUGAGGCCUGAAAUUAACUAAAUUACUAGGUUGGUGUCUGGUUGACUCUCACACAUUCAGCAGCAGCAGAGGAAGAGCUUUCAGUAUGUCUAUAGGGCUGGAGUUGAUAGGCAUCUCCCUGUGCAUUUUGGGAUGGAUUAUUGCCAUCGUGGCGUGCGCCCUCCCCAUGUGGAGGGUAACGGCUUUCAUCGGCAGCAACAUCGUGACGGCUCAGAUCAUCUGGGAGGGCCUGUGGAUGAACUGCGUGGUCCAGAGCACAGGCCAGAUGCAGUGUAAGGUCUACGACUCCAUGCUCGCCCUCUCUCAAGACCUCCAAGCUGCCCGCGCCCUCACCGUUAUCUCCAUCUUAUUGGCCAUCCUGGCCGUGCUCAUUGCCAUCGCCGGGGCCAAGUGCACCAACUGCAUUGACGAUGAGCCAUCCAAGUCCAAGGUGAUGAUCAUCUCCGGGGUCUUCUUCAUUGUUUCUGGGGUCAUGCAGCUCAUUCCUGUCUCCUGGGCGGCCAACACCAUAAUCAGGGACUUCUACAACCCUUUGCUGACCGAUGCUCAGCGGAGAGAGCUCGGGGCCGCACUGUACAUCGGCUGGGCAGCGGCUGCCCUCCUGGUGCUUGGCGGCGGAUUGCUCUGCUGCUCCUGUCCGCCACGUGAGACCAGAUACAACCCUUCACGGAUGGCUUACUCUGCCCCGCGGUCUGCAGGUGGCCCAGGGUUAGAAAGGAAAGACUAUGUAUGAACGAAGGUCAAAGAGGGAAAAAGACAUUACCGAAUCUCUAACCUGCUCUCCACGGCAAACUGAGGAAAAGCGUUCAAGUGGACAAGUGGACUCCGCAAUGAAGGAUGUGUUUGAUUUUUCAUUUUAUGUAUCUCUGAAUUAGGCUCUUUGUUUUUCAGAGACUGGACAGACACACAAAGGACACGGAGUGGAAAUUUCCUUUAACCACGUUUUGAAACAAAAGGCAAAGAAAAUAACGCUCUGUCCUGCUAAAUGCUACAUUUUAUUGUCAUUGUACAAUCAUUUACUUUUUAUACAGUCCUGGCUUCUUAAUGUUUACCACUGAAUAUUGUUUUUUUUAAAAAUAUAAAACCACUGUGACUGCUUCGUGUAUCAGCUUCAUAAUAAAACACCACCGUGCACAAAAUGGAAGAACUGGAUGUGUCAAAAGGUUUAUGUGCUGUAAAUACUGUAGUAUCAUUAAUCACCUGUAACAGUGCAGACGGAUGAUAACUGUGCAGCUUUUAGUGCAGUGUGGUGCUUCACAGUGCGCCUGCUUCACCUAUAACAGGAUUUAUCUUUGUGUAUUAUAUACAGCCGCAGUAUGUAUCUCACAAGUGUUUUGUUUUUUAAAUAAACUUGAUUGUUUUGUUAA